GUAACCUUUUAGUAAUAUUCAUGAUUUCUGUACGAAAUCGCUGAAAUGCAGCUAAAAUGAGGAUGAUGCACCCAGUUAGCCAGUAGGUGCUUAACUAACUGUUAAAUAUCACAACUCUAUGGAGCUACACAGGUUUAAAACUAGAUCUGUAAUAUCUGUUUAAUAACUAACGUUACUUUUUAAGUGUCAGUAACUUUCCAAACACAAAGAGGAGUGCUGUGUGAACGUGUUGGUUCUUCAUGUAGACUGCUGAAGCGACGCUGGGAACCCUUCAUGGAGUCAGUCCUGUAACACAGACUUCAACCCUUUGACCGGUGAAACAGCCGCGUGGCACGACUCCAAAGCCAGCAUGAAUCUCCAGCAGCCAGCACCUCCCAUCCCCCCCGUCCACCCUGAUGUGCAGAUGAAGCCCCUGCCCUUCUAUGAUGUGUUGGACGUUCUAAUCAAACCUUCAAGUCUAGGAGCGAGUCCUGCACAGAGGUACCACCAAGAAAAAUAUUUCAUCUUUGCCUUGACACCACAGCAAGUUCGUGAAGUAUGCAUAUCCAGGGACUUUCUACCAGGUGGCAGAAGGGACUACAUGGUUCAGAUUCAACUGAGGUUUUGCUUGUCAGAGACAAGUUGCCCUCAAGAGGAUAAUUACCCAAACAGUCUUUGUAUAAAGGUCAACGGGAAACUUUUUCCUUUGCCAGGUUAUGCACCACCACCAAAAAACGGUGUGGAACAGAAGAGACCAGGAAGACCUCUGAACAUUACCUCCCUUGUCCGACUCUCCUCUGCAGUACCCAAUCAGAUUUCAGUGACAUGGGCACCUGAAAUUGGAAAAACCUAUUCUAUGUCUGUGUACCUGGUGAGGCAGCUGACAUCACCACUGCUCCUGCAGAGGCUGAGGAUGAAGGGCAUCAGAAACCCAGACCACUCCAGAGCACUAAUUAAAGAGAAGCUGACAGCAGAUCCAGACAGCGAGAUUGCUACAACAAGCCUUCGAGUCUCACUUAUGUGCCCGCUGGGUAAGAUGCGACUGACGGUGCCAUGCCGGGCGGUGACCUGCUCUCACCUGCAGUGUUUCGAUGCUGCCCUCUACCUGCAGAUGAAUGAGAAGAAACCCACCUGGAUCUGUCCUGUGUGUGACAAGAAGGCUGCAUACGAGAGUCUUAUCAUUGACGGUUUAUUCUUGGAGAUCCUGAAUGACUGCUCAGAUGUGGAUGAAAUCAAGUUCCAGGAGGACGGAACCUGGUGUCCCAUGAGACCAAAGAAAGAGGCCGUCAAAGUCCCCUCGCAGUCAAUUCCAAAAAUUGAAACUUCAGCUCCUUUACGCCAGUCUUCAGUGGUCCCCCAUUCAACUGAGCCCAGCACCACCAAGAAGGCCGAUGUGAUUGAUCUGACCCUGGAAAGCUCCUCCUCCUCCUCUGAUGAAGAGGACACAGACCCUCCACUGAAGAAACGCUGCGUUUACAUUUGCAAGAAUGAGGAGAUGCAUGCGAAGGGAGUGUUGACCUACCAGCCCACUGUGCGCGUGCCAAACGUCCAGGCCCUGGACCCGUCGUAUCUGACCUCUACGCUUGCUGACUAUGCAGUCCCCUUCCACCCAUCCACCCUGGCCACCAUCCCAACAGAAAUGCAGAGUCUGGAUUUGUUUUCCUUAAUUCAAGCAGAUACUCAGAUUUACCGGCCACAGAUGUUCCUGGACAACCUCACAAGCAGCAUGCAAAGCACAGCUUCAGCCAGCACCAGUUCGGCACUGGUUUCCUCCUCGAGCAGCCACUAUGACACCAGCAGCCACGCUGCCAGCUCCAUCCACGAGACUCGGGUCAUCACGGGAGGAGGGGGCGCUGGAGGAGGGACUGACAGCAGCAUAUCAGAUAUCAUUUCACUAGACUGAGCCACAUCUCACUGGACCUUUUCAGGCCUGUUUUCUGUGGCCUUUUUAGUACGGACUACGUUGUACAUGCCAUGUCAGUUUUUACACAGAAGCCCCCCCAAAUUGCUAUACAUGAGCACUUUGACGGCCUGAACAUUUUCAUGGUGUUUAAAACUGUAUCCAGGCAUGUUUCUUUUUUUUUCCCUUGGGUUUUCAAAUGGGGUUUAUGUAUUGCUAUCGUAGGAUGAUAUAUGGUUUGAUGGCCAAGGACAACAUUGUGUGUCAGUAAAUUGUCAUUUCUCUUGAAGUUCUCCUGACUUCAACAUUUGGGAAAUUUUCUCAUGUGCCGUCAUACAUACCUUAAUCACGUUAGAUCAAAACAAAGAGAUUGAUUCAGCCUUUGUUUAGAUCAAUAUUCGCUGGUGCUUUGGUCCUGGUUUAGUCCAAUAUUUCUUGGAGUUUUAGCCUCAGUAUAGUUUAAUAUUUCCACAGUUUUUUAGCCUUGGUUUAGUCCAAUAUUCUCUGGUUAUUUCAUCUUGGUUUAGUCCAAUAUUCCCUGGUGUUUUGGCCUUAGUAUAGUCAAAUAUUUCCCCUUGUGUUUUAGCCUUGGUUUAAUCCAAUAUUCCCUGGUGUUUUAUCUCUGGUUUGGUCUGCCACCUCCUUAGGAAAAUCUCUGUAUCCCAUCACUCUGUUCACCCACCACUCGCUGACUUCAGCUCUGUGCCAUUUUGUGCCAGGAAGUGAGUAUGCACUCAGCGGAAUCAAUGGAAGUGGCAAUUCUUCCACGUUACGGGGAGUCAUUUGUUUCAGUGUUCAUGUAAAAAAUAUUUCCUGGGGAACUUUAAUCAGUUAGUUUCUUUGUCUUUCAUCAUACAGUAUCAUUAUGCCCUGAACAGCUAGUCUUUUGGCCGUCCUCAGCUCUGUAGAGGUUUUGCCGGCAGAAAGAUAAAUGUCUAUAAUUCUUAAUACCCCAGUUGCUCCAGUGUUGGAAAUAUUUAGAACAUUGAUCUCUUUAUUUAUACCAAUUUGUUUACUUGAAAUUAUAACAUGUACUGGCCUGUUUGAACUGAACCGUGUGCCUCAUAUAGCAUGAAACGGAGUCAGGUCGGAUGGAAGAAGAGCUCGGAACUCACUGCUCUCAGCAGGACCUUGUUACACACAACCAUCCACGCGAGCGAAUGAAUGGUUAGAAGUAGGAAGCCCCCGCGGUGAAAAAAAGACUUGUGGACUGAUAGACAUACUUUUGACUGUGAACAUGGAAGGCAGGUCAGUAAUUCAAAUGUUUUCAUCGGUUCAUACAGCUGUCAAGUCAGUGCUUCAAUGAGGUUUUUUUAUAGGGCAGCUUUCAUGUCAUACCAACGUGAAAUGUUCCUUUGUAAUUUAGUCAGAGCAAUAAUAAUUUAACUAGCGUUAGGUUAAAUAAAGUUGUAAAUGUAGUUCAGACUACUCCGUAAAUGAUUCCAGCUGGUCCGUACUACUCUGCCACCCAAAUCAAAUCCAUUUUCCUUUGUGUAUGGUCAGUCUGUUGGCUUAUAUGAGUUGCAAACAUGAGUUGUUGUUUUUUUGUUUCAAAACUUAGGCAAAUACACUCCGUUGCGUUCUUUCAGAGAUUGUGAUGUUCAGAUGGGUAUCGGUUUCACGUCUGUGUAAGUACAGACCUGGAGUCAGGAUGUGGUUGGGGAAACGGCUAUUUCAUCUUCUCAUCUCACGCUCAGAAAGAAAGUCAACAAGUGUAUUUCCCAUCAUGUUGAACUGUUCCUUUUAAUGUGUGUUCAUCAGCUUUGACUAGCAUGAGACGGUUCAGUGGAUUUUGAACAUAAUGUGAAUGACAGAGUUGGUUUUUUUGCCUCUUAAGUUGGUGUAAAACAUCUGAAAAGUCAGUGCUGCCAAAGGUCUGAUCUCUCUCUCUCUCUCUCUCUCUCUCUCUUCUGACCUUUGCCCUCUGCUAUACUUGGAUUUUGUUGUAUGUGUAUGAUGAUGCUGUGUUGGUAUGGGAUGGAUGGAUGGACGUGACAUGAACAUUCGCUCAGUGUCAACACCUACACUUUAAGCCCAUUUUCUCACAGUUGACAGCAAGCCGUAAGAUAAAGAAAGAUAAACAGGGCAGCUACUGUGUCAUUAUCUGGAUAGCUUGCUGUUGCACGUGGACUCCCAGCCAUCAGGAGCUCAAUCUCAGGGACCUACUGUACACUUUUCUGGGCUUGACGGACUGAGUGAAUUAAAAAUACUGACACAUAGAAACAGCAGUAUCUGUAAGUGAUACAGAUGGUGAUGUGAAAGUUAGGCUUUUUAUGUCACUGUAUAUCUGUUUUAUUCAAACAUUAUACUAAUGGAUGUUGACAGUUUCAAGUGUACAUGUUAAAGGAAUACUUCACCCCCAAAAUGACCAUUUGUAUUUAUCAGUUACUCACCCCGUGUUACCUUGAAUUCUUGAAGAAAAAGUCAUUCUCGCAUGCCUCCACGGUGAACGAAGAAUCCAAAAAUGGAGUAACUCGUGCAGUAUAAUCCAAGUCUCCCGUCGUAUAUUCACUAUACUUCCCAACGCCAACAUGCAUCUUCGCUAAAACCUUACUAUUUAAUACACUUCUGCAUAAACAGUCUCACGCUUGCUCAGGCGCAGUACUUGUCCGAAGUGUUGAUUCAUGGUUCGCCGUGGAGGCAUGCGAGAAAAAUAAUGUUUGGUCAACAAAUGGUCAUUUGAGGGGUGAAGUAUUCCCGUAAGGCUGUGAUAACGGUCACUUCACCUAAAUUACAAAUAAAAACCCUCACUUAGCUCUAGUGGUAUCCAGUCAGGCAGAUGUUUUUUGGUUUAUGUGAACAGGUUUUGAGACAUCUGUCUGAGAUUUCAGUCUCCAUGGAAUUUAGUUGACAAGUGACAUUUAAAAAAUGCAACACCUGUCUGUUUUUCUGGAAACCGUAUCCCUGUUACUCUGGAUAAUUCACAGACGAGACAAUCUUGAUUGGAACUACUAUGAAAACUCAGCAAGACUACAUUCUGUUCUCCUUCAUUGUAUUGGGGUGAUGGCAGAAAUCUCAGAUGCAUAUGUCAAAACCUGGACAAAUAAAUCCCAAACUAUCUGCAUGCACCACUGUUAGCAGGAGAGAAAAUAUUUUUUUUUGUAAUUUUGGGUGAACCAACUCUUAGUAAGUAUUCUUUUUGAUGUAUUUUUUCUCUCUUUUUUUGCAGCAUCUUUACUCACACAGAAAAGAAACACAUUCGUGGGGAGUGUUUGCAUUGAGGUCACUGUUUUUGUGAAAUUACUGAUUAGACUUUUGCCACUGUCUCUAUUCACCUGCGGGCAGAUGUUGGUGAUGUAUUUUUUUUUCUUUUUCUCUUCAUACUUUAUGGACUUUGAAACAUAAUCCAACAUAAUCACUUGGAUGUUUCUCUUUUGACACCAUGUUAAGAAAACUACUCAUUGUUGUUGGCUUCAGAUUCACAAGGUUUAUUACAGGAUGGUCUAAUUCAGAGUUGUCUGUUUUCCUGUAUCUGUAAACUCGCAGCAUUUUGAAUUGUGGUACCAUGUGUGGGUGUUUUUUUAUUAUUAAAAAGGUUUCUUUUUUUUAUUCAGUUCAAA